AUGUCGUGCCUGGGACUUUGGGUCAUUUGCUUUGUGGUGACCAAGUCCUUGCUGGUGACCUGCUGCCUGCCCAUCUUCCUGAUGGGGAUGAGGUACUACUUCAGCAGGAAAGUUAUCCUCCGCUACCUGGAGUGUGCCCUGAACACGGACAUGUCGGACAUCGAGCAAUAUUACAUGAAAUCCCCAGGUUCCUGCUUCUGGGUGGCAGUGCUGAACGGCAACGUGGUGGGCAUUGUGGCGGCCCGAGGCAACGAGGAGGACAACACGGUGGAAUUGCGCCGCAUGUCAGUGGACUCUAAGUACCGUGGUAAAGGGAUCGCCAAAGCUCUGGGCCGGAGAGUGCUGGAGUUCGCCGUGCUCAACAACUACUCCUCUGUGGUGCUGGGGACCACGGCAGUGAAGGUGGCAGCCCACAAGUUGUAUGAGUCCUUAGGCUUCAAGCAUGUUGGGCUGGUGGAACACUAUUCUCUGCCUGGAAUGACCCACUCGAUUCUAGAGCAAAUCUUCUUCCAGCUUCGCUACCACCGCUAUUGCCUGCACCUGCGUGAGGAAUGA